AUGUACUUACUCCCUCUGCAGCUUGGCCCGACUAUAAAAUCCUAUCGUCCAACGCAAGCAUUCAUCAGGCUCCUCCAAAUUCAGCCCAGCGUCCAGCUCACCUCACCUCUUCACCCUCCCUUCCAUCCUCAUCCCUCUUAUACUGCUAUGAAGUUCGCUGCCCUCAUCACGUCACUCAUCGCCCUCCCACUCACCCUCGGCGCGACCGUUCGUUGGGACGACACAUACGGCAACCCAAGUGGCUCCAUGUCCUCCGUCUCCUGCUCCGACGGCGCGAAUGGCCUCGCCUCCCGCUUCCCCACCUUCGGCAAAGUCCCCUCCUUCCCGCACGUCGGCGCCGUCCCUGGCGCCAGCUGGAACUCCCCCCUAUGCGGCUCGUGCUGGGAGCUCAAAUACAAGGGGAAGGCGGUUUAUAUCACUGCAGUUGAUCAAGCAAGGAACGCGGAUAGUUAUGUUAUUUCGAAAAAGGCGAUGAAUGACUUGACUGGGGGACAGGCUGUACCAUUGGGCACGGCGCAGGUCUCAGCGAAGAAGGUCAACAACUCGAAGUGCCAUCUCUAA